CUGAUAUUUGCUUAUGUUUAUCUGGGCGGUUGUGGUUCCACUAGAGCCGGUAUUUGUGUGUCCAAGAUGUUUUCGCCGAAGGACUUUUUAAAGUUUUUUUAUUUUAUAAUUUCGUAAAAAAAUUACUUCCAUAACAUAUCUACUACAUAUAUUCAAUAAAAAUGUAGUUAUUUUGAUGUUGUAUUUUUAACAUAUGACAUCCAUAACGACUUUAAAAACAAUCAUUUUUAAAUUGCAAUGUUAAAUAAGUCUAGAAGAUUGUUAUUAGGUGUGUUUAUAUUGCUAACUGUGGAUGUAAUUUGGGUUUUCUCUUCUGAGUUGACCAAGUAUAUUUACAAUCAAGAAGCCUUCCAGAAACCAUUCUUCAGCACCUACAUUAAAACUUCUAUGCUUACAAUUUAUCUUCUUGGUUUAUUUUGUUAUCCACCUUGGCGUGAUUAUUUUGGAAAGCAGCCUGCUUAUACACAAUUGGAAACUGAAUUGGAAGAAGAUAUAAUUCAACCUGAUGAUGACACAAGUUUGAGUCCUCCAACUUAUGUCCCCAUUAAAUGGCCUGAAAAAGUAGAAAAAGGUUCAGGGACAGAAAGUGAUGAUUCUUCUCUCCAAAAGGUUGUCAAAUUUUGUAAACUGGCUGAGGUUCGUCAUAUGUCAGAAACAAAUGCUACUGAUGCAUUCUGGGCUAGACUAUCAUAUCAAGCUAGUUUAAGAGCCGGACAUCUCACAAAAUCAAACUCAAGUAAACUGUCUAUUGACCAGAUUGCUAAAAUAGCAUUAUAUUUUUGUUUUUUAUGGUUCCUAGCAAAUUAUACAUUCCAAGCAGCUUUGGCUUAUGCAGAAGCAAGCUUAGUAUCAUUGCUAUCUUCUUCCUCCAGUAUUUUUACGUUAUUGUUAGCUUCUAUAUUUCCUGCGAAUUCUUCUGAUAAGUUUACUUUAUCUAAACUAAUUGCUGUCAUUAUCAGCAUUGUUGGAUUGAGCAUUGUAAGUAUUUCUGAUUCCAAACUUGAUCUGAAGUUACCACUUGGGGUGAUAUUAUCUUUAGUUAGUGCAUUUUUUUACGCUUCUUAUUUGGUAUUUCUGAAACGAAUGGUGGAUAGUGAAGAAAAAUUAGAAAUACCUAUGUUUUUUGGGUUUGUUGGUCUGUUCAAUUUUAUAUUAUUAUGGCCAACAUUUUUUGUUUUACAUUACUGUAAAUGGGAACUGUUUGAAUGGCCCAAUAAAAACCAGUGGUGUUUUUUAAUAAUCAAUGGAUUAAUUGGCACUGUCCUUUCUGAAGCUCUUUGGCUUUGGGGAUGUCUCCUGACAUCAUCACUUAUUGCUACUUUAGCACUAAGUUUGACCAUACCUUUAUCAAUUGUAAGUGAUAUGAUUUUAUCAAUUUGUCCCCCAUCAUUUCUAUUUUACAUAGGAAGUAUUCCAGUUAUUGCUUCCUUUGUAUUUAUCACAUUUUUAACUCACUAUGACAACAUGGACCCAGUUCUCCAAGGAGUGAAAAAGGUUCUUUCUUUGUCAGAAGAAGAAAGACUUACGGAAUCUGAAAUUGAGCAAAGAGAAUCACUUAUCAAUGUCAAUGAAGAUCAUGAAGCUUAGUAUUAGUUAUCAUCAAAUGAUAAAAGUUAUUUUUUAUUUAUAUGAAAUUUAUAGAUAUAUCUGUUUUUCAUUUUCUGUACCAUUGAAUUAUAAAAUUUAUUUAUUCUUAAUAAAUUAUUUCAAUUUUU